GCGCUCUCGUGUGUUUGUUUCCGUCUGUUUUGCCGCCCUGUCGCAACAUUACUUUACUUUACAUGAGUGUAUGCAUUAGUUAUUUCUGAUGACUAAAAUAGCCACAUAAUGUCAUCUGAUUCUUUCACUGUUGGAGGGAUUCAGGGUUAUCUCCUGAAGCUUCAUUCAUUUCUUGGAGACACAGAGACCAGGAAUGCUGCUCUAAUCUGCCAUGACAUUAUUGGAGACUUGGGGAAAGAGUGCAUGACAACUAAGAAUGAGAAUGAUCUGGUUUUUCAGACAUCACUGCUUUUUGCAAAGGAAGAGGGAUUGCUUAGUUUUCUCCGAAAGUCCCUCUCUCAUGAAACGCUGCGGGAUGCAAGAGUGGAUAUUCUGAAUUUUUUGGCGGCAUUCCUCCAGAGAAUGUCAGUUAUUGUCCGAGGAUGGGAGAAAAACUAUGCUGUUGACCUCAAGGACAUUUGUCUUGUUGUCUACACAAAGGACAAAGCUGCAAAGUGCCGAAGUCCUGCUUUAGACCUGUUAAUCAAAAUUCUGUAUCUCACAAAAGACUCCAGCAUCGCACAAGAUUUCAAAGUUGGGGAUAUGUUCAACAAGUUUUAUGGAGAGUUAUGUCAGAAGAAUAAGUUACCUGAUACAGUGCUUGGUUCCAUUUAUGAACUUCUUGGAUUUUUGGGUGAAGUGCAUCCCAGUGAGAUGGUCAACAAUUCUGACAAACUUUACAAGGCCUACCUUGGUGAACUGAAAGUACAGAUGACAUCCACUACAAAAGAGCCAAAACUUCCUGUUGUUGCUGGAUGCUUGAAGGGAAUUACUGCUCUAAUGGUGAACUUCACCAAAUCGAUGGAAGAAGACCCAGUUACAUCAAAGGAAAUCUUUGAUUAUGCACUGAAGGCUAUCUGUCCACAGAGUGAUAUAAAGCGAUAUGCAGUCAUCUUUGCCGGCCUCAAACUGUUUGCUAAGCAUUCAAACCAGUUCGGCAGCUGUCUUAUAGAUCAUUACAUGGCUAUCUUUGAUGUUAUGUCCAAACUUUGUGGACAUAUAAAUGGAGACUUGAAAAAGAGUAGUUACUUAGCUCUGGAGUCUUUCCUAAAACAGGUGGCCACUCUUGUGGCAGAGAACAUUGAGUUGCAUAAAAGCAAGCUGAAGUUCUUCAUGCAGAAGUUCUGUGCUAUCAUCAGGACCAUGGACUCCACUAAUAAAGAGCUCUCCAUUGCUAUUAGAGGAUAUGGCCUUUUUGCUGCGUCGUGCAAGUUGGUGUGUCCUCAGGAUGUAGAUCUGAUGUAUACAGAGCUGAUUCAGCGUUGUAAGCAGAUGUAUCUGACCGAGUCUGACAGGGAUGAUGACAACGUCUAUCAGCUUCCCAGCUUCCUUGAUUCUAUAGCUAGUGUUCUCAUUCACCUUGAUCGGAUUCCUGAAGUGUACACACCUGUGCUAGAGCGCCUCCUUGUGGUUCAGAUGGACAGUUUUCCUCAGUACAGUCAGAGAAUGCAGUACACCACCUGCCGUUCCAUCAUCAAGGUGUUUGUUGCCAUGGCAGUUCGAGGUCCAGUCCUCUGGAGUUUCACCAGUUCUGUGGUUCACCAAGGCCUGAUCAGAGUGUGCUCGAAGCCUGUUCUUCAGCCAGAAGAGCUGAGUGUUCCUUCCAGUGACUCUCAAACAGAGCAGGAUGCCAACCUGGUCCGCUCUGGGAGAUGGAAAGUUCCUUCUUCUAAGGACUACCUCGACCUCUUUAAGGGGCUUCUGGACUGUGAAAACCUUAAGGACACAGGAUUCAUGGAUGGAGCUCCAGCUGCCAAGAACUACAACCUGAGAGACAUAAACCAGCACUUAUAUGAUGCACUGGUGCAAUCAGUUUUGAAGAUUGUGGAGAAACUUGAUCUUUCAUUGCAGAAAGUCAGUUCUGCGGAUGAGGCACAAAGUGAUGUAAGUGCUGGAUUUAUGGCUUCAUCUGACCCCACAGCAAACCUGAUGCCCAACAAACCCAAAGACUUCAUUGCCUUUGUCAACUUGGUAGACUUUUGCAGUGAAUUAUUGUCCUCGCUAAAUCCAGAGUUUUUUGCCCAGUGGAUGUACCCUCUGUGUCAUGAGCUCAUUCUGCGGUCAAUACGUUUCCCUUUGGUCAGUGGUUUUUAUAAGCUCCUGUCACUCUCAAUGUGCAUUGCCAAGAAAAUCCACUAUUUUCAGGACCUAAAAAAAGGGCCUAAAAGUGUUGGUGCUGGCUCCUCCAUGGAAAAUGCCUGUUUUUCACUUCUCAGAAAGUUUGGAAAGGAGGUUUGUGUGCGUAUGAAACAGUAUAAAGACGAGCUUCUGGCUGCCUGUCUGAUGUUCAUCCUUUCUCUUCAUCCUGACAUGGUGGCUCUGGACCUCAAAGCAUAUAUUCCAGCUCUACAAGCUGCUCUGCGGCUGGGUUUGAGUCAUGCUCCUCUAGCUACAGCAGCACUGGAUGCUCUGGAGUCCUGGUCCUCUCACAUCCCUGCCUCCAUCAUGCAGCCGCACUAUGCAGAUAUACUGCCACAUUUGGACGGCUACCUCAAAACAACCAGUAACUCUGAAAAAGAUGAGAGCAAUAUGGAAGUGACAUUUGUCUCAUCGGGGAGUUCAAAAGGAUAUGGCAAUGUCAUUAUGAGACUUCUAAAGAAAUCGAAACACUUGCCAGUGGGUGAUGAGUCUCCCAUUGCUGCUGUGAGACGCAGGGUGGUAUGUCUGCUUGGCCACUUGGGAGGACAGCUCAACAGGAAUCUAGUUACAGCUGUUUCUGCGGAGGACAUGAUGAAGCGUUUUGUUGCGUGGGACAGUGAGAAAAGGUUGCGUUUCGCAGUGCCUUUUAAAGACAUGAAGCCUGUAAUCUACCUGGACGCUUUCCUCCCGCGGGUCACAGAGCUGGCACUGUCCUCCAGUGACAGACAAACUAAAGUGGCAGCAUGCGAGCUUCUGCACAGUCUGGUGAUAUACAUAGUAGGUAAAGGAGCUCAGAUGAUGGAAGAUGACAAGUCUGCUCCUCCCAUGUACAACCUGCACAGAAGAAUUUUUCCUGUUCUUCUACGCCUGGCCUGUGACGUUGACCAGGUGACGAGGCAGCUCUUUGAACCUCUGGUGAUGCAGCUAAUCCACUGGUUCACCAACAACAGAAAGUUUGAGAGCCAAGACACAGUGGCAUUGCUGGAGGCUAUCUUGGAUGGAAUUGUGGAUUCGUUAGACAGCACCCUUAGAGACUUUAGUGGCACCUGUAUCCAGGAAUUUGUCAAAUGGUCAAUUAAACAGACCACCCCCAGACAGCAGGAGAAGAGCCCAGCCAACAUCAAAUCUCUCUUUAAACGCAUCUACAGCCUGGCCUUGCACCCCAACAUCUUCAAGAGGCUUGGUGCAGCACUGGCCUUCAACAGCAUGUACAGGCAUUUCAGAGAGGAGAACUCUUUGGUGGAGCAGUUUGUCUUUGAGGUGCUAGUGGUGUUUGUUGAGAGCCUGGCCCUGGCCCACUUUGAUGAGAAGUCUCUGGGAAUCGUCCAACAGUGUUGUAGUGCCCUGGACCAUCUGAAGAGAAUCAUCAAACACAAGGCAGACUCGCUCAAUAAGAAUUCCAAGAGGCGUGUACCCAGAGGUUUUCCUCCAGACCAGUCAGUGUGUUUGUCAGACAUUGUCAUGUGGCUGCUGACCCAGUGUGGAAGACCACAGAAUGAGUGCCGCCACAAAAGCUUGGAACUCUUCUACGAAUUUGUGCCUCUGUUGCCAGGAAAUGCAUCUCCUGCUGUGUGGCUAGAUGAACAGGUGAGGCAGCAUGGUCCAGGGUUUCUCAUUUCAUGUCUAGAGGGAGGCGGUUUACUCUCCCAGCCUACCUUGAGAGAGGUUGAAGCUCCCUUCAGCAUCAAAGCCACCUUACAAUGGAUGGAUCUGCUAUUGGCUGCUCUGGACUGCUACAACACCUUCACAAAUCUGCGCUGUCUUCAGCCCCAGAGGAUCUUGGGCACUGGUGAGAAGUCCAGCUUUUUGGUAGCUAUCCGUUUCUUUUUGACAGAGCUGUCCAUGCAGGACCUACAGGCUGCCAGGGCUUGCUUCAAAAUGGGUAAUGUUGGUCAGUUCCACUUCAGCCCUCGUGAGAUAGAGCAGUACAACUACAGCAAGUGCUCCAUCAUUGUCCGACUGCUGGAGUUCUCCACCAUGGUACUGCAGAAAUGUCCACAAGACCUCUGGAAGUUGAUGGAGCAGGAUGUUUUCAACUCUUCCUUCUUCACACUGGUGGCACUGACUGUGUGUGAACCCUCUUCCAUUGGGUUCAACAUGGCAGAUCUUGAGGUCAUGAUUCAGUUGCCAGAGGUGUGCGUUCCUUUGCUGAAGGCUUUGACAUCAACACCUUACAAGACAGAACUGGAGAGCAGCAUUAGGAAGAAAAUAACUGUACAAAGUGUGGAGGAGUUGUGUGCUGUUGAUCUGUAUGAAGCAGACACCAGAGACAGUCAUGCUAACAUGCAUCUGAUACUCUCAGCCUGUAAGCAGCUUCACCAGUCUGGGCUGCUCGACUCGGUUCUACACAGUCAGGAUGUUGGUUAUGGUCGUUCUCUGGGAUCUAAACUUCUCACUACUGUGUAUAAAUGUAUUGCCCCUGGAGAGGACAGGAAGUCUUUACGCUCUAUGGAUGUUGGCAGCAGGAAGUUGGCUGACAGACUUGUGCAGUUGGCGUUCUGUUUGGGAGAUCAGAGCGAACAAAUGGUUGGCCUUUUGCUGAACACCAUUACGCUGUCGGUCCCUCUGUCUGGCAGUCUGAAUCCUCACUUCCUCAGCUUCUCUCAUGGGGAAUACUUCUACAGCCUCUUCCAGACAUCUAUCAAUGCUGAGUUACUCCGCAGUCUAGACCGCACAGUGCCACUUCUGCUCACAGCAGCUAACCAGAACCCCACCAUGGUUAGUGUUCUGCUGAAUGGCAUGUUGGAUCAUAGUUUCCGUGAGCGUUCUCUCAGAAAGUCUCAAGGCUCUCGAUUGGCUGAACAGGUGUUAAAGGAGUGGGACUUACUAAGGCCAUGGUGGGAUGGUCCUGCAGCCUCACCUGAGAGCAAAACUUCAGUCCUGUCAUUGCUUGCCAAAGUUCUCCAGAUUGACUCCUCUGUAUGCUCCAAUACCGAGCACCAAGCAUUCAAUGCAGUCUUCACCACUUUCACAGCUCUUAUCACAGAUACAUCUAUGCCACUAAAUCUUAAAAGCCAGGCUCUGAUCAUGCUGCCUUUCUUCACUACCUUACCAAGCAUGCCACUGGAGGAGCUUAGGAGGGCUCUGGAGAUACUGGUGGCCUCACAUUUCCCCAUGCAGUCUGAUGAAUUCCCCCGAGGAUCACUCCAGUGCAACAAUUACAUGGACUGCAUCCGUAAGUUUUUAGAGGCCCUGCAGCUGUCUCAGAGUCCUGUGUUACUGAAGCUCAUGGCUAGAGUUCUCUGCCGGGACAAAAAACAUAUUAUGGAGGAACUCUUUCAGGCCUGCUUUCAAAAUAUUGCUCGCAUAUCCCAGUUGGAGAGACAAGUUAUUCUCCUCAGCUCUGUCUACCAGUCAUUUCAAGCCAAAGACGUUCCAGCAAAUUCCAUGCUCAUUGGUCUAAUAGACAGAGUCCUGCUGCCAUUGGCCACAUACUGUAGUCCUCAUGCACUCUCUCAGUUCUUCAUCACUAAUGUUGCUGAAAUCAUGACUACUCUGCAAGCACGUUUCACCAAGUCCGUUGAGUCAGUAUUCGAGAGUCAGAUUAUGAUGAAGAUUGGCUGUUGUAAACUGCUGGAGAUGUUGUACUCCCGUCUGUCUAAGGAGGAAGUCUACUCUAAAAACUCUGCUAUCAACCAGGCCUUCUGUGGUACAGCCAAUGCAGAAGGAAAUGAGCUUUCCAAGACUCUACUCAAAUCGUGUUUUGAGGCCUUCACUGCGAACAUGUCUGGAGAGACCGUUCUGCUGGAGCUGAGGAGGCAGUAUCACUGUGCUGCUUAUAACUGUGCCAUCGCACUCAUCAGCUGCAGCUUCAAUGAGACCAAAUUCUAUCAGGGCUUCCUCUUUACUGAGAAACCUGAGAAGAAUCAAUUCAUAUUUGUCAACCUCAUUGAUACUCAAAGGGUGUACAAUUUCCCUAUAGAAAUUGAUGUCCCUAUUGAGAGGAAAAAGAAAUAUGUCAUGAUCAGAAAAGAAGUGAGUGGAGAAAACGGAGAUGCCCCUGUAUACCUCUCCUCCCAGUCUUACAUGGCAGACGGCAGUCUUAGUGAGGAGAUGAGUCAGUUCGACUUCUCCACUGGAGUUCAGAGCUUCUCCUAUAACUCCCAGAAUCCUUUAGGCAACAGCAACUCCAGCAGGACUCGGGAGCGUAAGGAAGUUGUGUCUCAGGAUGAGACAGUGGAGUUAGAGAUGGAUGAACUGAAUCAGCAUGAGUGUAUGGCCAAUAUGACGGCACUGCUGCGCCACAUGCAGAGGAACAACAUCACCCCUAAAACAGAGGAAGGUGUAACACCUGCUGAUCUUCCUCCUUGGAUGAAGUUCCUACAGGGAAAACUGGACAACCCAUCCACCCCACUGAACAUUAGACUCUUCAUUGCCAAGCUUAUAAUCAAUGCUGAGGAGAUAUUUCGUCCAUAUGCAAAGUUUUGGUUGGGCCCACUGGUGCAGUUGGUGGUUUCCAGUAGCAAUGGAGGAGAGGGCAUUCACUUCAUGGUGGUUGACAUCGUGGUGACUGUCCUCUCGUGGACCAGUGUGACCACACCAAAGGGUAACACGAGAGAUGAGGUUUUGGCCAAUCGGCUGCUUGGGUUUCUGAUUAAGAACUGCUUCCAUACCAAAAGAGCUGUGUUUCGGCACAAUCUGGAGAUCAUCCGAACUAUUAUAGAAUGCUGGAAAGACUGCCUCACAAUUCCCUAUGAUUUAAUAUAUGAGCUCUUUGCUGGAACGGAUCCCAACAGUAAGGAUAACUCUGUAGGACUACAGCUUUUAGGCAUUAUAAUGGCCAAUAACCUUCCACCAUAUGAUGCUGCAUGUGGCAUUGGCCAUGACAGAUACUUUCAGUCUCUGGCCAGCAACUUAUCAUUCAUCAGAUACAAAGAGGUGUAUUCAGCAGCUGCUGAGAUCAUUGGGUUAAUCCUGAACUACAUGACUGAGAGAAAAAAUCAAAAUGAAUGUCCUUUAUUGGAAAUCACUGCUUCUAAACUCAUGGAUUUGAGGAAGAAGGAGCUGGAUGAUAAAUUUAUUGUUUGCCUGAGCAAAGUGUCCAAACACUUCCCACCCAUGGUGGAUCGCUUCGUGAAUCCUGUUUUUUAUUUGCUGCCAAAGCUGCAUGGCCUGUUGAAGACACAAUGCCUUGAGUGUGUGCUGAGUCGUGCUGAUGUCAUUCCUGAAAUCUACAUGCACCUCAAGACCAAAGACCUCCCACAGAUCAUGAGUCACAGAGAUGAAGCCAGGCAGCGUGUUUGUCUGGAUAUCAUACAUAAGAUCCUGCCGUGUCUGAAUCCAGAGGAGCUGAAGGAGAUUUUGGGGGCAGUCACAGCGUUUAUGUCUCACCCAUCCCCUGUCUGCAGAGAGAGGAUGUAUGACAUUCUGAUGUGGAUUCAGGACAACUAUAGUGAUUCUGAGAGCAGGGAGGACAGUACUUCUGUGGAAGUGCUGAAUGUGGCUCGGGAGAGUCUUCUCCAGGGGCUGAUAGAUGAGAACCAUGGUUUACAACUUUAUGUGCGUAAUUUCUGGAGUCACGAGAGGCGUUUGCCUCCAGCUACAUUGGAGCGAAUGCUUGUUGUGCUAAAAUCGCUAUAUUCAUCACGCAUUGAGGAACGGUUCCUAAGUCUGGCCACUGACCUACUCCUGGAGAUGACCAGUCAUAGCCCUGACUACACACUCAAUAUGUUUGAACUCCCUCUCUCAGAGUGCAAGUUCCAGGACUACACAAUAGACUCUAACUGGCGUCUGCGAAGUACAGUCCUCACACCCAUGUUUAUGGAGACCCAGGCCACCCAGGGUCCAGCCGCUGGAGGAAGUCAGGCAGCCUCAAUAAGGGGCCAGAUCAGGGCCACACAGACAUCCCUUGAGUUCUCUCAGACUCUUGCUCCUGGUUCAGGACGACGUUCAGCAUAUAACUGGUUAACAAGGAGUAGUGUGGAUACACUGGCUGAUUAUUCCCUGUCAUCUGAUUCUUUAUCGUCACUCUUGGUGUUUGAGAAAAAGAGAUCAGAGCGCCCCCAAGCAGCUUGGAGAGCCGUGGGCGCAGGGUUUGGUUCUAGACGCCUCACUAAUAACAGUGACGAGACUGAUAGUCGGAGUGAAGCUGAGCGAGAGCGGCAUGCAGACAUUCUGAGGCUCAGGAGGAGAUUCCUAAAGGAUAAAGAGAAGGAGAACAUCAAAUUCGCCAAGAAAGAAAUUCAGUCCCAAAGAACUGCCAGGGAACGAAGAGCAGAUUUGAAGAUCCGUCAGGAUGCUCGGGUCACGUUGUACCGCAGCUACAGAGUUGGAGAUCUUCCUGACAUUCAAAUUCAGUACAGCAGCCUCAUCGCACCACUGCAAGCUCUGGCACAGAGGGAUGCCACUUUGGCGAAGCAGCUGUUCAGCUCAUUGUUUGCUGGGGUGCUGGUUGAAAUGGAGAGAUCGAAGUCUAACAAAGAAUCUACAAGCAUUCUGAAGGAUCUGCUGCAGACCUUGAACACCAUCCUCAGCAUGAGCACUGUCUUCUUUCCUCCAUUUAUUUCUUGUGUGCAGGAUAUGAGUUAUCAUCAUAAGGCUCUUCUUGGCCUUCAGCCGGCUAAUGUCAGUGGCAGCUGUCUGGCCAGUCUACAGCAGCCCAUGGGCAUCCUGUUACUAGAGGAGAGUUUGCUUCAUGCCACUGGAGUGUCAGAGGAGCCUCCCUCUAAACGAGCACGAGGCAAAAGAGAAUUGCCACCCGAUACAGAAAGAUGGAUCCACCUCGCCAAACUUUACAGGUCUUUGGGUGAUUAUGAUGUGGUCAGGGGAAUCUUCAGUGGCAAAAUUGGUACAAAGUCAAUAACUUCCACAGCCCUGCAAGCAGAGGCGAAGAGUGACUACGCUGAAGCAGUGAAGCUCUACAAUGAGGCUCUGAACAAUGAGGAGUGGAAUGAUGGUGAGCCCACAGACACUGAGAAAGAUUUCUGGGAGACUGCUGCACUAGAGGCCUAUAAUCACCUGACAGAGUGGAAAUCACUUCAGUACUGUGCCACAGUAAACAUUGACGACAACACGCCCAUCAACCUAGACAAGAUGUGGGGAGACCAGUUUUAUGUGGAAACAUACCUUCAGUACAUGAUGCGCAGUAUGUUGAAGCAGCUACAGCUUGGGGAGAGAGAUCAGGCUCUGCUCAGCUUUGUCGACUCUGCUAUGAAAAUGGAAGAGCGCAAAAUCGUCAUGGAGACCCAUUACAGUCAGGAGCUGAGUCUACUGUACAUCCUACAAGAGGACUAUGACAGAGCUAAAUACUAUGCCAACAACUGCAUGCAAGUCUUUAUGCAGAACUACUCCAGUAUCGACCCCCUGCUGAACCGCAGCCGUCUGACUGUGCUGCAGUCUGUGCAAGCGCUGACAGAAAUCCAAGACUUUCUGAAUUAUAUCACAGGAGAGGUCUCAGUGAAUUCUUUGAAGUUCAUGGUCAGACGGUGGACCAGUCGCUAUCCAGAUGCUAAACUGGACCCAAUGAUUGUAUGGGAUGACAUCAUCACAUCUCGUUGUUUCUUCUUGGAUAAGAUUUUGGAGAAGCUGAGUUCCACCCCUGAGAACAGCAUGGAGGUGGAUGGUGCAGAGCAGCGGCGUGAAGAGGAGCUCAGAGCACUGGUGAAGAACUGCAAGUUCAACAUGAAACUCCAAAUGGCAGACAGUGCAUGGAAGCAGAGUAACUUUCCAGUGGCAACUAAGCUGCUGAAGGAACUUCACCGUGAGGCAAAGACUGAUGAUUCGUGGCUGCUCCGCUGGGUACACAGCUUCAGCCGUUUCACUCAUAGAAGAAGUGUUGGCCUUGGAGCUGCUGAACAGAUUAACGUCCUACUCAAGACUUGUCCACUCUUGAUGGACACUGAGAAACAGAGUGAACGCUCCUCUAGCCGCAUGUUCCGUGAUCAGAGGAUUCUUCUAGGCACCACCUACGACAUGAUGGCCAGUGCUGUGGAUCGCAGUCCUUCUGCCCUGGAGACUCUUGGGGAAGAGAAGGCACAGAAAGUUAUCCAACUUUCAAUGGCUUCAUCCGUCAACCAGGUGGUGGAGGGUCUGAAGAUGCAGGCUCUGGAGCUGCUGAAAAGUGCUGCUUGUAAGGCCGAUGAGGAGGAGCAGUCCUUCAGCCAGCGGCAUGUGGACACACAAGGCAUUGUGGAGGCUUACAUGACCCUGGCCAACUUCUGUGAUCGAAGAUUGAGAGAGUGCGAACAGAAAGAAGAGGAAAUCAGUUGUAAGCUGCAGUCCUUGCCUGGACAUGUUGUGAAGAUGAUGAUGAAAGCCCUGAAGCUCAGCUCUGAGGAGGCCAGGCUCAAGUUCCCUCGUCUUCUGCAGCUAGUGGAGCUGUACCCUGCAGAAACUCUGGACCUGAUGGUCAGAGAGGUGGUCAGUGUGCCUUGCUGGCUUCUGAUUGGCUGGAUCAGUCAAAUGAUGGCUUUGCUUGACAAGCCACAGGCAACAGCAGUUCAGCAUGUUAUACAGGAGAUUGCAGAAUGCUAUCCACAAGCUCUCAUCUACCCCUACAUGAUCAGCAGGGAGAACUACACCUUUGAGGAGUCUGCGAGUGGCCAGAGGAACCGGGAGUUUGUUGAGAAGCUUAAGUCAUUACUGGAUAAAGGUGGGGUCAUUCAUGAGUUUGUGGAUGCCCUUCAGCAACUUACUAACCCUGAAAUGCUUUUCAAGGACUGGUGGGAUGAAGUGAAGAAUCAGCUGGACAAACCAAACUUGGACAAACGGAAGAUCAGGCAGCUCUAUGAGGAAAUGACUGGAUUACUUGGUGAUUCGAAGUCUCCAGGAUUUGGAUCUUUCCGAAGAAAAUUCAUUCAGAAAUACUGUAAAGAAGUGGAGAAACUUCUUGGUGCUGGUGGAUCCAAGCUGUAUGAUAAGCGUAAGGAUAAGGAGUUCCUCCAGCAGGUGGAUCAAAUGGCUGCCUCCAUGAGAGGUUUCCAAAAGGAACCAGGAAACCUGAAGGAGUAUUCACCCUGGCUCAGCAGCUUCAAGGCAGAAACACUCAAAAAUGAACUGGAGGUGCCAGGUCAAUAUGAUGGCAGAUCGAAGCCUUUGCCAGAGUAUCAUGCAAAGAUCACGGGUUUUGAUGAAAGGAUCAAGGUCAUGACCUCAAUUCGUCGACCGAAGCGCCUCAUCAUACGGGGAGAUGACGAGCGGGAUUAUCCAUUCCUAACGAAGGGUGGGGAAGACCUGCGGCAAGACCAGCGCAUCGAGCAGCUCUUUGGUGUGAUGAAUAUGAUUCUCAGUCAGGACUCGGCCUGUUCACAACGGAGUCUGGCACUCCGCACUUACCAGGUUAUUCCCAUCACCAGCAGAAUUGGCCUGAUCGAGUGGAUGGAGAAUACUUGCACCCUGAAAGACUUCCUCUCCAGCAGAAGGACUGAACAAGAACAAAAGACAAUCACACAGCCCAAUAAAAACUAUGAUAACUGGAUGAGUAAAAUUGCUGGAAAGGUAGAAGGCAUUAGACGAUACGCUGAACUGUACAAGAAGGCAAAACGUGCAGACACGGUGAACAACUUUAAGAGAAUUGAGCAGAUGGUGCCUGACGACCUGUUAAAAUGUGCCUUUGUGAGGAUGAGUACAACACCUGAAGCCUUUCUUUCAUUAAGGUCCCAUUUCAUCAGCACUCAUGCUGUGCUGUGCAUCAGUCACUGGAUACUGGGUAUUGGUGAUCGCCAUCUCUCUAACUUCAUGAUCAACACAGAGACUGGCGGCAUGAUCGGCAUUGACUUCGGUCAUGCUUUUGGAUCAGCAACACAAUUCCUCCCAGUGCCUGAACUGAUGCCGUUUAGGCUGACACGGCAGUUUGUGAACUUGAUGCGGCCCAUGGCAGAGUCAGGCCUCAUCCAGAGUGUGAUGGUUCACUCACUCAGAGCCUUCAGAAAUGAUCCAGACCUGUUACUCAAUACCAUGGAUGUGUUUGUAAAGGAGCCCUCACUGGACUGGAAGAACUUUGAGCUGAAGCAGUUGAUGAAAGGAGGCACAUGGACAGAGAGUGUGAAUACCAAAGAAAUAAACUGGUUCCCUCUACAGAAGGUCAACUUUGCUCGCCGGAAGCUAGAGGGAGCCAAUCCCUCUAUUUUAACAAGUGAGGAGCUUUGUUUAGGAUUUGAGAAGAGCCCUGAAUAUAAGGGCAUGUUGGCUGUUGCCCGUGGGGAAGAAGAACACAACAUUAGGGCCCAGCACAACGAGAAAGAUCUUAGUGUUGAAGAUCAGGUAGACUGCCUGCUUGAUCAGGCAACUGACCCCAAUAUACUGGGCAGAGUAUGGAUAGGAUGGGAACCGUGGAUUUGAGCUACAUUGUAGUUGACUUAUAAUAAAAGUAGAUUUAUACAGUUUUUUUUUUUUUUUUUCUUUUUUCCUAAAGUUUGUGAACCCUUUUUCAAAGUCUGAAGACACUGCUUUUAGGAACCACAAAAAAUAAUGAUUUAUCAAUCACUGUCAAACUGUGACUAGACCGUCAUGCAAUAUUAAUGUUCAAUAAAACUGAAGAAUUUAACCACAUAACCUGAUAAAUAGAACUGUAGUUCUGAUUUAUGUAUCGGUGAUGAAGGUAAAACUGUGGGAAUAGGACACAACACAUUGUUUGUAGAUGUAAUUUGAUUUUCCCAUUUUAGUUCUUUGAAGCAAUAGACUCAUCAAAUAAAGCAUGCAUACUUGUUAACAAUGUCUUACUGCUGACUAAAAAUCCAAAGCUUGUCAUGACCUGAUAUAAAAUUUGGAGACUUGCUCUCCACUGGUGUUU